CACAAAGCCAAACCUGUUGAUUUCGAUGUCAUGUCCCUGUCUGAACUGACACGGAAUGCUAUUGUGGCUGGUGUAUCCCCUGAGAAAUGGGAGAUACUUGCUCGCCAAUGGCUCGAUAGACUUCGAGGGACUUCAUUUCCCCAACGCGUGUUCCCGGCGUUUGGUGAGGAUGUGUGGAUAGGAGUUAGGCCGCUUUUACGCGUUUUUCCUCGCGACAAGACGCUUCAGCAGUACCUACAGAUUGCUAUCAACUGCGGUUUCUUGCCUUUACGAUUCUUCGUCGUUGGCUUGUUGAGGUGGAUCGAGGAAGAUAUCAUAGGUAGUCAAGAGGUUCCCGCGAAAGAAGAAGAGCUUGCACUUGUCGAAGCGCUCUGUCGGAUGGCUGUUUCUGCGCAUUACGAGAAGAACGGUGGGGUUGGUGGUAUCUUGCAACCGAACACCUUUGUUACAGUUUCUGGUGCGGCGGGGCACCAUCCACCUAGGCCGAGACGAAUACCCGAAGCCCCGCUAGAUGUGUCAACCCUUAUGGAAGCGGCCAUUCAUGCGGCUGAUUUCUGCAAGUAUUCGCUGACGCUUCACGCGGCUGAACAAACUGCUGCCACUGCAUCGAAUGGUGAAACAUCGUCCUCGGGGCCGUUCUACCACACGCUCCACACAACGUCACCUGAAAUUCUAUCCUUUGUUUUGGACUCGAUCGAUAAUAAGGCAGUAUCUAUUGCACCGAACAACCUGAUUACGCGAUUGUUCCCACUCAUGAAGGGUUUGAACAAUGUUUCUGCACUUUUACCUCCCGUUUGCGUGGCGCGUGUGAUGCAGUGGACGCAUCAUUUGACAUUCCUCGCACUCAGUUCACCUGGAGACACGUACAUGAAUUCGCUUUCGGGAAAUAGGCCCGGUCCGCUUGUGGAGAGUUUGCAAACGAAAGGUGCUGGGACCAAAGGCCAGGAGAAGGCCACCCCUCAGCCUUACGUCUCUGAUGGACUUGAUGUCAAAAGUGUAAUGCUCCUGAGACUAUUAGUUGAUUCCAUGGACACCAUUGGUGCUGGGAAUCAGCCUUCGGCGAUUGCCCGACUCCUAGCUGCGUACCGCUCGAUGGAAUCAGACGCACAAGUGUUUCUGGAUAAUAUAGUCCUCGCAUCCAUUCGAGUUCUCGCCCAAAUCACUCAGCAGGCUCGAGGUCAUCUUGACCCGUCGAACUUGCCAGAAGACUUAGUGCGUUGGAGAGUCUUCACUCUCAGCAGGCUUCCGGCGCUUUUAGCUCGUUUAGGAGAGGUAAUCGAAGUUGCUCUGAUGGACGAGCGUCCGCAAAUGGCAUCAAAUGGCAGCGGUUAUCUGUCCAGCAUCAAACUGUCUCUGACUACGCUCUUCACUGAACAUUCUGAUCUCUUAAACGCUUGCGCGUACGAUGACCACCCUUUCAAGAGUCGUUCUCCUGAUCUAUUUGGGGAAGACGAAGAAAUGAAUGAGCAUGAGGGUCAAGCUAGAGAGAGGGCGACACUAGCUUUCAAAGCGGACCUACUAUUGGGUUAUCAGAUUGUGUCCUUGAUUGAUCCUGAGACUGUCCUACAGGUAGCUGGACGUGAUAUCAGCAAUCUGACUGGGAAUGGAAAAAUUUCGGCGGACGCUGAUGAAAUCGGGGUACCCAUUGAGGCGUAUAUAGCAUCCAAGCUUGAAGCAGACAGCAUUUUUGAGGACUCGCUUGCUUUGAUCGAUACGGCUGUUUGGGACUACUCCUCACACUUGAUUCUCGUCCAUCAGGUUCAUCAGAAAUUUGCCUCAGCUGUGGCUUCAGAACCUGUCAACCUGGAAUCCUUGGCAUUUUUAUCACGCCUCCUUCAUACACACCGUCAUCUCAUGGAUAUAAUCGCUCUGCAUCAAGCAUCAAUGCUGGUGAAUCUGGUCGCGUCCGCUCUUGCUUUCGCGUCGUCUUUCAGCUUCACCAAUGUAGGCGAUGUACAAACUGCCAUAGGACAUUUUGGUGACGUAGUUUUAUUCAUUAAAAUCUCGUUUCGUCGGUUUCGACACAGCGUGGACCAGCAGGUUGCCCAGAACUGGUUGAAAGCUAUCUUCGACUUGCACAGCGAGGGGAUCGAUGAUGAAUUAUUGCGCACUACCGCGCCGCAAUCUCUUCUGCGCUUGGCGCCCAGCAUAUUUGUCCAGGCCCUCACGGAUUAUGUGACUUCAGCAAGCUCAGAUAGGGAGACCCUAAGGAAUGGCGCUUCCUUUUUCCAUGGGUCUUUACUUAAUUGGACUCUGCCUGGCGUGUUGGUCGCACUUACUGAAGACACACAGCGACAAGGGCAAAGCUGCUGCCUCAAUGCAUGUCGAGCUGAUCAACAUAAUCGUUGUUUCUCCCGGAUGCCCCGGCCCGCACUGCUUAUUGCCGGCGGGGCUCUCCUGCGACUGUUAGGAACCGAGUUGUUUCAAUCAUUAGCACAAGCAGCCAGGCUGGAUGUUGUGCCCCUGGAAAACAGGGUACGAACUGCUCUGGGCCUGCCAUUCCUCGCAGAUUCAAAUCAGACAAGUAUUCGUCAUAAGUCGGUCCCAUAUAUUGAUGCGCCUCGCCUCAUCAUCCGGGAAGCACUUGCGCAUGUCUCAAUGGAUCCCCUGCCUCUCAACCUCCCAAUACUCUUCCACUAUCCCCUAAAUCAUGUCCUUAUGGGCCUCUUCCACGAACUUCGCUCAACAACUUCAGAAGGAAAUGAGGCACUAUCGCCUCAAGCAGUGGCAGUAUCGGUUAGCAUCUUGACCACUCCAAGAGGAAGUUCCUCUGUACCGAGAUCAAAGUCACCCUCGAGCGUCCAUGAAACUUUAUUGCCGUACACUCUAAAGGUGUUCCUCCCACGACUGAUUUCUGGCAUCACUGAUGCGGAGACGGUGGCCCCGGAAAUGGACAUCUUGUGCGCCAUGAUUGGAACUAGCGUCGUCGCUCAACGGCAAUAUGAACGUGCCACACGAGUAUUGACGGCGUACAGCAGUCGGUUGGGCGAAGAUGUAGAUGUUGAUCCCACAUCACAAGAUGGAGUCUCAUCAAGUGUAACUUCGUUCGUGCAGUGGCUUAAAGAACCCAAUGCUUCCGCCGUUCGAGUUGCGUUGUUCAAAAAGCUGCAGGCGAUACCGGAGUACACAGGUCAUUUUGUUGUUGGAUAAAUUCGUGAGUGGAAUGAAAUCAUUUCAUGCGGUUUUCAUAUUCCAAAUUCAGGAAUCAAUUUGAUUUGCGCUUCUGUGGUGUUUGGUCCCCUUUUCAGCCCAUCCCGCUGUUCGUGUUUAGACGGAGGGAACGAGACUGGAUGCAUGCUC